GGUGGUAGUGGAGGUGGGGGGGAGGGAAAGCGGGAGUGGUUGAAGCCGGCGGCGGCGGCGGCCGAGCUGGGUCAGUUCUCUUUAGUGUUUGCCAAUGUUGGAGGUGUCUCCAAACUAUCCCCGGGAAGAAGUGAUAAACAGUGACAAGUUAAAAUGCAGACUUCAGUAAACUUCAUGGAAUCUACCCUCUCAACGGUGCUAUCUCCAUCAUUAACGUCUCCGAGCUCCCUGGGUCUGCAAGGCACCAUGAAUGGUUCAGUUCCAGAAUUAGCUGUUAGCUGUAAUAGUCAUAUCAUUGGUCUAUUGGAUUCUUCUUCUCCUAAGAAUUUACCUGCUCCUCUCCAAGAUAACAUGGCAAACCCCAAAGAGAAAACUCCAAUGUGUCUGGUAAAUGAGUUAGCCCGUUUCAAUAGAGUUCAACCCCAGUAUAAGCUUCUGAAUGAAAGAGGGCCUGCUCAUUGCAAGAUGUUCUCAGUGCAGCUGACUCUUGGAGAACAGACCUGGCAGUCUGAAGGGAGCAGUAUAAAAAAAGCCCAACAUGCUGCUGCCAACAAAGCCUUGAGGGAAACUACCCUUCCCAAACCAACUCCUAGACCACCCAAAAACAAUAUUAAUAGUAACCCAGGCAGUAUAACUCCAACAGUGGAACUAAAUGGUCUUGCCAUGAAAAGGGGGGAGCCUGCCAUCUACAGGCCUUUAGAUCCAAAGCCAUUCCCAAACUACAGAGCAAAUUACAACUUUCGGGGCAUGUACAAUCAGAGGUAUCAUUGUCCAGUGCCUAAGGUUUUUUAUGUCCAAUUAACUGUCGGAAACAAUGAGUUCUUUGGGGAAGGAAAGACUCGUCAGGCUGCUAGACACAAUGCUGCAACAAAGGCUCUUCAGGCCCUCCAGAAUGAACCUAUCCCGGAGAAAUUACCUCAGAAUGGAGAAUCAGGAAAAGAAGUAGAAGAAAAAGAUGCAAAUAAAUCUGAAAUCAGCUUAGUUUUUGAAAUUGGAUUGAAACGUAACAUGCCUGUCACUUUUGAGGUCAUUAAAGAAAGUGGACCUCCACAUAUGAAGAAUUUUGUUACCAGAGUAUCAGUAGGAGAGUUCUCUGCAGAAGGAGAGGGAAAUAGCAAAAAACUCUCAAAAAAACGUGCUGCAAGUUCCAUAUUACAGGAACUAAAAAAGCUCCCACCUCUUCCUGUGAUUGAAAAGCCAAAAUUAUAUUUUAGAAAACGUCCUAAAACAAUAUUAAAGGCUGACCCAGAAUAUGGUCAAGGGAUGAAUCCUGUUAGCUGCCUGGCUCAAAUUCUGCAAGCCAAAAAGGAAAAGGAGCCGGACUAUGCCCUUCUGUCUGACCGAGGAAAAUCUCGCCGGCGAGAGUUUUUGAUGCAGGUUAAGGUUGGCAGUGCGGUUGCUACUGGAAUUGGCCUUAGUAAGAAGAUAGCUAAAAGAAAUGCAGCAGAAGCAAUGUUGUUACAUCUUGGAUAUAAAACCUCCACUCCUAUACAGGAACAACUUGAAAAGACAGUGGAAAACAAGGAAUGGAAUAGUCAAAAGAUUGGAUUUCCUCAAACAACAAGUAAUACUCCAAAGGGAAUUCUUCAUUUGUCUCCUGAUAUUUAUCAAGAGAUGGAAGCAAGCCGCAACAAAGUAGUCUCUGACUUUGCAGUAAACUAUUUGUCAUCCAGCGAAAUGAGCCAGCCUUCAAGCUCCUUCUUCAGCCUCUCUCCACCAUCUAAUAGCACUACUACCAUUGCCAGGGAAUUCCUAAUGAAUGGGACGUCUCCAACAACCGAAGCCAUAGGUCUGAAAGGAAAUUCUCCUACUUCCCCCUGUCCUAUAAUGCAGCCUUCAAGACAACUGGAAUAUUUAGCAAGGAUUCAAGGCUUUCAGUUGUUUCUCUUGGCCCUGGAAGUCAAGGUGGAAUAUUUGGACACAUCUAGAUAUGACAUACAGAAAAGGUUUUUACCCAGGAGGGAGAGCCCAGCCUCUCCUGAGAAAGUCCUUUCAACUGUUGGGUAACGUAACCCCAUCUUACUGGGCAGCAGGUGGUCGGUGCUCUUCUGGACGCGUAGUGCCUUGAGCUGAAUGAACAAAAUACAAGUGAAGCAGUCUAAUAGAGUGCGGAGGGACGUCAGUGACCUCCCUCAUCCUGGAUUCUGUGCCACCACGCCGACCUACAUUGCAAAGUAAAAUCAGCAGGGUGGACGGCUGACUGGAGCAUGGUAAGAGGAAAGAGGGAAAAUAAAAACAGCUCUAAGAUUUUAAGCUUCAGGGUCCAAGAGAAGAGGAGUAUAUUGAUAAUAAUGUGAAUGUUAGGAAAGUGUCUCAACAUUGUGGAAGGCUCCCGCAGAGAAAGCUAAUAACCUGACUUUACAGGGAUUAACCUCUGAACCAGGGUCAGAGGACGGAAAGAGCACGUGCUGUCAGAUAUUUAAGUGUCCCUGUAGUCCCUUCUCUAAUAAUGGCUGACCUCUCUGGCUCCACUUUUUUCUCGCCCGUGGCAUCUCAUCGGUUCCUCCGGACAAUGUUCUUCAUUUAGUAACCUGACUCCAACCUUCUGUACUCAUGGUCUCGAUUCUAGUUGUUUUCAACUGUACUACUCAAGUUCUUGAUUUCCAUAUUUCGGAACUCAGUCUCCUAAUCUGAUCUCGACUCUUGAUUAUUCCUUCGUUUUGCUUGUUCUAUUAAUUUUUGUGCUAUAUUCCCUUAAAAUAUGCCUCGGCAUGGAUGUGGGUGGUCUUCAUUGUUAAUCAUUCCUCACUUUGGAUUAACCCAGACACAAGGACUCAACAGUAAAAGUCCAAGAUAAAUUCAGUCUUCAAAUGCUGGCAGGCCCAUCGCUGCAGAAUUGUAAAUAAGCGAAAGCAUGAGUCUAUAGCAAGAGUUAGAGAUUGGGGAUAAAGAUUUGGUUUGAGGGUUAUUUGCCUAUAAGUGAUAGGUGAGUCAGAGCAGAAGAACUCUUCAAAUGAGUAGAGAAAGAAGAUCAGAGAGUACUAAAUCAUUCAGGAGACUAACAUUUAAAAUGCUAGAGGAAGAAAGGUGACUAAGAAAUUGUUCCCUUUUGCUCUUCACAGAAUUUUAAAUUGUAUGUUCAUUUGAAAUGGAGAUUAGCUUUCCUGCCUUAUCAGAGAGAAUCCCUGUGCUGAAGAUAGUAGGCAUCAGGCUCUAAAGUGCAUUGGGAAAUGACAUUUCGUGCCAAAAAGUUUCAAUCUAGGUCAUAUUUGUUUUUAAUCCAUAGUGGGAGAGAAAAACAUAGGUGGUAUUUUUUUUCUUGUGAAGAGGGAAAAAGCACUGAACUUGUAAGGAGAUAGAACUAUGUUUAAAUCUUGGCUUUGCUACUCAUUACCUGUAGAAACUCAGCCAAGCCACUUCAUGUCUCUAGGCCUCAGUUUCUCUCAUCUGAAAAUGAGGAGGCUGCAGCAGAUAUUCCCUAAGGUUUCACCCAGCUCUAAGUCACCAUGACCCUGUUUCUCUUUCACUUUAUAUAAAAUUGGAUCUCUACUCUUAGGUAUAAAACAGGAUAUUCCAGUAGCCCCCCAUUUGAAAGGACUAAGACAAAGUCCUCUCUUCUGGCUAGGUAGAUUCUAAUGGCUAUGUAUAUGAGGAUUUGGACAAGAAUUGCCCAGGAUAAGAUGAGAAUGAGUUCUGAUCUACAUCAUGAGAGGGAGCACCCAUUUGAUGAAGUGACAGGUCCAUGUAUAUUCCAAUUUUCCUGGUGCACAUAACUUGACUGUGAAUCUGCCUCCCCCACUAGGUGGCAAAAGUAAUCUAUAGGUGAGACCCAGUGCAGUAGGCAUCUUUUGUUAAUGCCUCUUUCAUCCUUAAGUGAGGUUUUAUUUUAUUAUUUAAGAAAGCUUAAUCUCUCUGUAACUUUUAAAUACAUGCUUAUUUUCCAAGUUUUCUACUUGAGAUUUGUGUAAAAUAUUUUACUACUUUUCCUCUGUAUUGUUGAGUUUUUAAGUGUACUUUGUUUGACAAUGUUUUUAUCUUCCUUUCAAAUAAAUUAGGUGAAAAUCUAUCUGAUCAGGGUUCCUUGAAAGAUGACUACUAUAAGCGAACAAACAUCAGUAAUAAUAAUAAUAAUAAUAAAUAACUAUUAAUUGAUUCUACAUAGUGCUUAUUUACUGAUAAUCUUAUAAAUAGACCUGGGAUUCAACAGAUCCUAAUUCUAGUCCUACUAUUUUUAUUAAUCUCGCUGGCCUUCAGUUUCCUCAUCAGUAAAAUAGUGGAGUUGAACCAGAUACUGUCCCCACAGUUCUUUGCACAAAGUAAGUCCAUAAUACUUCCCCCCUUUAUUGAAAGAUAUAUUUUCCCAUUAUGUGCAAUAACAAUUUUCAACAAACAUUUUCCCAAAAUUCUAAAUUCUAAAUUGUGUCCCUCCCUUCCUUCCCUCCCCCCUCUCAAGAGUUGGCAGGAAUUUUGAUCUGGGUUAUAUAUGUAUUAUCAUGCAAAGCAUACUUCCAUAUUGGUUAUUGUUUUAAGAUAAUACUCAUAUAAAACCAAAACCCCCAAAUAAAACCAUAAACAAACUAAUGUAAAAGAUAGCAUGCUUUGAUCGGUAUCUGACUUCAACAGUUCUUUCUUUCUCUGGAGGUGGAUAGCAUUCUUUGUCAUAAAUCCUUCAGAAUUAUCCUGAGUUGUAUGCUGAGAGUAGUAAGUCUUUCAUUGGUGACCAUCCUACAAUAUUGCUAUUAGUGUGUACAAUGUUCUUCUGGUUCUGCUCAUUUCUUUGUGCAUCUUCAUAAUGCCUUUUGAAAAAUAUGUGUUUUAGUCUGUAAGGACAUAUGCAACUUUAAAAUCCUAUCAUUUUACAAUAGGUAUUUUUUCAAAUAUAUAUGUGUGUAUAUGUUUACACAUAAACAUAUACACUCACCUCCACAUAGGUUCCUUUUUUUUAGUGAUUUUAAUAAAUCUUAAUAGCACCACUAGAAUUUUUUAUCUACUUAAGUGCAGAAAUCUGCUUAGAAAUGCUCUUCAUAACUCUAAAUGAUCAUCCUAGUGCAAAUAUCAACAACAUGGAAAUAGGUUCUGAUCAAGGACACAUGUAAAACCCAGUGCAAUUGUGCAUCAGCUACAGGAAGGGUGAGUGGAGGGAAGGGAGGGAAGGAAUACGAUUCUUGUAACCAAGAAAUAGUGUUCUAAAUUGACUAAAUAAAAUUUUCCAAAAAAAGAAUAAAUGUGUAACAAUCACAAAAAAAUACUCUUCAUAUUUUAAUAAUUGAGUAGAU